GUCACGUGACUGCUCCACACCAGAAGUGAGGACGAGAAGAACCGGAAGUACCGGCGCUGCCGGGCCUUAGCCAUGGCACCCACUAUCCAAACGCAGGCGCAGCGGGAGGAGCCGGGGCACAGGCCCAGCUCUCACCGGACUCUGCCCGAGAGGUCAGGCGUUGUGUGUCGGGUCAAGUACUGCAACAGCCUCCCUGACAUCCCCUUCGACCCCAAAUUCAUCACCUACCCCUUCGACCAGAGCCGGUUUGUGCAGUACAAGGCGACGUCGUUGGAGAAACAGCACAAACACGAUCUCCUCACCGAGCCCGACCUUGGCGUCACCAUCGACCUCAUCAACCCCGACACCUACCGGGGCGACAGUGCGGUGUUGUUGGACCCUGCGGAUGAGAAGCUGUUGGAGGAGGAGAUCCAGGCACCCACCAGCUCCAAGAGAUCGCAGCAACACGCUAAGGUGGUGCCAUGGAUGCGGAAAACCGAGUACAUCUCCACCGAGUUCAACCGCUACGGAGUCUCCAACGAGAAACCCGAGGUCAAGAUCGGGGUCUCGGUGAAGCAGCAGUUCACCGAGGAGGAGAUCUACAAGGAUCGCGACAGCCAGAUUGCUGCCAUCGAGAAGACAUUCGAGGAUGCCCAGAAAGCGAUCACUCAGCACUACAGCAAACCCCGCGUCACCCCCGUCGAGGUGAUGCCAGUCUUCCCUGACUUCAAGAUGUGGAUCAACCCUUGUGCCCAAGUGAUCUUCGACUCGGACCCUGCGCCCAAGGACACGAGCGGCGCGGCCGCCUUGGAAAUGAUGUCCCAGGCCAUGAUCCGGGGGAUGAUGGAUGAAGAAGGGAACCAGUUCGUGGCUUAUUUCCUCCCCGUGGAGGAGACGCUGCGCAAGCGGAAGCGUGACCUGGAGGAGGAGAUGGAUUACGCGCCCGAGGAUGUUUAUGACUACAAGAUUGCACGUGAGUACAACUGGAAUGUGAAAAACAAAGCCAGUAAAGGCUAUGAAGAGAACUAUUUCUUCAUCUUCCGUGAGGGAGAUGGCGUCUACUACAACGAACUGGAGACCCGGGUGCGGCUGAGCAAGCGUCGGGCGCGGGGCGGGGCGGGAGCACCAUCGGGGACCAACGCGGUACUGGUGGUGAAACACCGUGAGAUGAACGAGAAGGAGCUCGAGGCGCAGGAGGCGCGUCGGGCGCAGUUGGAGAACCACGAGCCCGAGGAGGAGGAGGAGGAGGAGGCAGAGCCCGAGAGAGGGGCGGGCGCCUCGGACGAGGAGCGCGAGAAGGGGAGCGAGAGCGAGGGGGGAGCAAGCGGCGCCGAGGACGAGGAGGAAGAAGACGAGGCCGAAGGCUCCGGCGGCAGCAGCAGCGAUGGGGGGGGCUCGGCCCGCAGCGAGGAAGAAGAAGAGGAAGAGGAAACACGGGGGGGUCAGCGCCGGGGAGCAGCAGGGGGCGACGCAGCUCGAGCUGCCCGCGACCAGGAGGAAAUCUUUGGCAGCGACAACGACGAGGAGGAAGAGGAAGAAGAAGAGGAAGAGGAAGGGGGGGAGGAAGGCUCCGAGGGGGGGGGCAGCGAGGCGGGGCCCCCCCGAAGCCCCCGGCUCAGCCCCAGCGACGAGGAAGAAGAGGAAGAGGAAGAAGAGGAGGAAGAAAGCGGCAGCAAUGCCUCCGACUCCUCCAGCGACUGAUGGGGGGAGGGAAGCACCAAAAUUUGGGACUUUGGGGCAAAAAAACCCACCAAUUUGGAGGAAAAACACACUGUUUGGGGGCAAAAUCAUGGGAAUUUGGGACUUUGGGGGGAAAAAAACACCAAUUUGGGGGCAAAACCUGCCAUUUUGGGGCAAAAUCACAGGAAUUUGGGUCUUUGGGAGCAAAAACUCACCAUUUGGGGCAGAAUCGUGGGAAUGUGGGAUUUUGGGGGCAAACCCCCACCAAUUUUGGGGAAAAAACCACCAUUUUGGGAAAAACUCAUGGGAAUUUGGUGGCAAAAAAUCACCAAUUUGGGAUUUUGGUGAAAUCCCAGACGUUUGGGGUAGGAUUUUCAGAUUUUGGGGUUUGGUGGGGGGAUUUUGGGGCAAAACCUACAGGAUUUGGUCCGGAGGGUGGAAUUUUGGGGCAAAACCAGGGGCUUUUGGGUUUUUGUGUCUCUUUAAUCCCGUUGUCAUGGUUACCAGCCAUA